GCGGGUCCAUUCAAUCACCCGGCUAAAGCGCCCUGAAAGAAAAUGGCUUGGUUGCAUUAGUUAUGUUUAUGUGUGUAUCUUAACUGGGCUCUCUGUAAAGGGAAAGACGUGUGUUCAGCAUUUAACGCCAACUCAGUACACACCACCCAGUUUACUGGUAUGUCAACGAGCUUUUGUGGUGUUGAACAUGUCUCAGUCGCUGUUGACUUAGCUGGUUAACUAUUGUUGUGUAACUUGUAACAUGUUGGUUCUUUAUUCGCCACUCAUGUAGGUGAACGUGAGGAUUAUAAAUAUGAACUCAUUUAGCUGACUUUGAUAUUUCAAAGUUUUCUGUUGGUGUAGUGUUGCAGUAAGCUGUACUUCCAUUCUCUCUUAAAACAAGCUGUUAUUGACAAGUAUUGACUCUGACAUAAUGUGAGCUCAUUGACUGUAUAUGAAGUCGGGUGUUGUGCUCACAAGUCACAACACAUCACUGACAUGAAGCUUCUAUAUUAUUCACUCUGCUCGUUGCCUGUCUGUUUCUAUAUUUUUUCGGGAUUAAUUAUUGGAAUAAGUAAAAUAAUGUCUGACUACGUGAUAUGGGUAUAGUGAGUCAUGUUCUCUGAACUGUCGGUGUUCCAGUUUAACUGGGGAUCAUGGCAACUGGUGAUAUGUUGUCUUUAGUCCAGAUUUGGCAGACUCGGUUGCAGACUCGGUCGCAGAUUCGUCCUUUUCUCAAAGCGCAUGUGUCUACUGAAGGUCUCGUUGAAAUAAACAUAAAAAAAACAAAACAUCACGAGUUAAUGUAAUAUGUCCGUGUCAACAUCACGUUGAGACAACAAUAUACAUCAUAUAGGUCAAAAAAUAAAUAUAAUAUAAACAACUUUAACGGGAUCUAAACGACAUGGCGAAGCAGUAUUAGCUUCUGGAAGUAUGACGCCGCCGCUGAGAUGUUCGGGUCACCUAAAUGAGGCGUAUUUUACUCUGUCGGCUGUAUAACACCAGAUGUUGUUAAAGGAAACGCCCAUGCUAUCUGGUGAUAGUCCGAAUACAGAUUAAACUUAAUACUUUAUAUCAGGCUUUACAAACUGAUGCUCAUCGUUCAUAGGAGACACACGGAGUUAUGAAGAAUACACACGGGUGGCCAGCUCCACGCAAAGUGCUUUCGUUUGACGCAGAUGACUACGUGCUUUGUUGGAGCUGUGUCAGUCGAAAGGGUCCAGAGUAUGGAUGAUGAUUUCACCUUCUCCUGGUCUCCAUCCUCCCAUUUCAGCUGAGAAUUACUUUUGUGUGUGUGUGUGUGUGUGUGUCUGUGUGUGUGUGUGUGUGUGUGUGUGUGUCUCAGUCUCAUUCCCUCCCUGUCCACCAUGUCCCUGUAUCCCCUGGCAUUCCAGUUGAAUUCUCUGGUGUGUCUUCACCUCCUCUGCCUGCUGCUCGUCUCCUCCUCCUCAAGACUACCCAAAAAUGUUGCAGUUCCAGCCAAACCCCUGACGCAGCUCAACACAACACAAGCAAACUGCUCCACUGCAUGUGACAAUGGAGGUGUUAGGAAAAAUGUAGCAGCUCAGGAGACCAGUGAUGUACAAACCACCCCACUACUGAAGAAAUUGACCUCUAUCUCAGAGCCAGAAAGGGACCAGUACCCAUCUUCAUCCAACACUCAAACCUCUGUCGGACAAAAAUCUAAUAACACUACAGCCUUCGUAAUUUUACCCAACCAAUCUGCAGGAGGAAACAAUUCCUCCACAACCUCACCAUUCAAUCAGCAGCCAGUAUUACCAACCCACCAGCUUCCAUUACCAGAGAUGGACACUCUCUCACAGGCUGCUCAGUCUGGAUCCAUUACAACCACUGGCAGUGCACAGCCUGAGAGGAACGUAAACACAGCCAUUGUACUUGUGACUUCUACAGACAUAACAACGCCUACGUCUACUACAACAGCAUCUACAACACCAACAGCAAGACAGUCUACAACAACAACAACAUUGAGGCCUACAGCAACAAAGUCUGCAACAACCACACAUACAAGUCAGAGUGCAACUAUUAUUACCACAACCGCCUGUACAAAAAUGACACCUCCAACAUCACCGGCACCCGUUCCAAAACCAAAUACUGGAAUGCCCACAAUUAACACCAUAACUGCUAACAGUGCUAUUACUCCUGCCAAUCACAAUAAUCCUGAUACCUCGGAAACAAGUGUUGCUGUGGCAGAAGUAGCAGGGGCUGCUCUGACCAGGCAGCUGGUGGAUAAAACGUCUUUGUUUGCUGUCUUGCUCUUUGGCCUGCUCUUUUUCUUGGUCGCGGUGGCUGUGUUCAUCACGCAGGCUUACGAGAGCUACAGGAGGAAGGACUACACCCAGGUGGAUUACCUGAUAAAUGGCAUGUACUCAGACUCUGGGGUGUGAGGGUGGAAUAAGCUAAGCACAGCUUGUGGAGGGUGUUUGUUUUUGCACCUGGAGUCAAACAUUUCAGACAGGCUGGUAACACUAGUGUUGUGAAUUCACAUGGCGAUUCAGUUGUCUGGACCAAAAUCAAAUAGCUAACUGACUUUAAAGCAGCCUUUACUGAUUUGUUCAUCACAAAAUACUUAGUUGUCUUGCCUCUUUUUUGUGAUUGUUUCAAUGUAAAAAGUUUGCCUUUCCAUUUAUUAUGCAGCCAAAAGAUUAGUUACCUGUAUGUAACUCGGUUACUAGGUUCUAUGAGUGGAUGCAGGCUUUAGCACAGGAGAUAAUCUCCUUCACAUUGCUUGUCAGUCGAGCUGUAGUUGGAUCCAAGCUGGGGUUUUUUUAUGUCAGGGUUUGGGGGAAAAAUUACAAAAGUGUCACUGAUGUGAUUUUCAGUUCAUUUCAAUUGGUUUAGUCACGUUAAAAAGCUAUUUUUAACAGCAAACGCAGACCCUCGAGCCACAGUGGAAUUUAGAAAUAUCAAUAUUGUGUGCUCUGGGAAAUUUUUUAACUUUCAGAUCACAGUUACAUGACAGCUUUUGAGGAUAAUUCAGCUCAAUUGUGACUUUCUUCUCUGUAUUAAUGUUCUAAAUAUCCAAGUUAUAAGUGGUUUAGAUGAGCUAGAGAAAUGAAUGAAUUGUUUACAGCCUCUCUAAAUGAAGCUACUUUGACCUUUGAAUAGAUAGAAAGUUGGUGAAAUUGCACAAACAAGAUUCAAGUUGUACUAUGUUUAUUAGAGUUGAAUUAUCCUUCAAAUGCAUGAAAUACCAGUCCAGUGAGUAGCAGAAUUGUUCUAUGAAGGAGAUCAGACCUGAUAUGGCCUGGUGUGUUAAUGCCUGAUGCUUGUGUUUCAGACCAGAAGUAUAUACAGUGUGGCAUCUGGUUUAGUCAGUUGACCAGAAAGAGAGAGAGAGACCACCAUGUCAUGUUAGUCAAAUCAUCGAGUUGACAAUGUUGUUAUCGCCUUUCAGUGAGUAAUUGUUAGCUUGGUGUUUUUCUGCUGUGUGCAUGAGCAACUGGAGCUUUGUUAGCUCACUGGGUUUAAGUCAGUAGCUGCUUUGCUUGGUGAUGACGUUAAAGAUGAAGGUCACAAACAAAAAAACUCUCCUAUUUUUAUAAAUUAAACUUUCCUUUUACAAACUUCAUGAAUGAUUUCAAAAUAGCUCACAUCUGGCAGAGCAGCAGUAAUGUCUAAUAUCUGGCCAUUACAAAACCAGAAGUGCAGUAAAUCCCUCAGUUGUUUUCAAAACUUGUUGCAUCCUUGACUGGUUUUUCAUCAAAAAUCAAACGGUGACACAACUCCAGUACUAACAAUUCCAAAGGUGUUUAAUUAAAAGGAUUGUUCACCCAGAAAUGAAAAUUCACAUACUCACCCCUAUGCCUAUGGGGUUAACACGAUGUUAAUGACCACACGAGCAGUAUGGAGGCAUGUUGUGUUUUUUCUGUUUUAUUACAUUUGAAGAAGGACUCACCAUUGACUUCAAUUGUAUUGGAUUCUGCUCUAACAAAGUUUACCCCUGAGACUCCAGAAGGGUUUUGUGGACUCAAACACUUCACCCAUCCCUCCAUUGGCAUAGCGGUGAGUAGAUAAUGAGUGCAUUUUAAUUUUUGGAUGAACUAUCCUCUUAAGUUGGUUAGUUUUAUUGAAAAUUAACACACUGUUCAAAACCAGGCUCCAGCACUAUGAAGGUAGGAUUUUGAGAAGCAACAUUGUGUUACCUGGCUGUUGUUGGACAGAAAUAACUCCAGUGUUAACAGCUACAUGUAUCUGAAACUUGUCCAACUGUGGUUAACAGCUAAGAAGACUAUUUCCCAAACACUGUACUGUUUCUUUAAAAAUCUUAUGAUUUAAUUUGAAUUACAUUUAAGUCCAACAGCUUUCAUUAAUGGAAUGACAUUUCAGUCAUUUUCUGUAAAUAUUGUUUUCUUUGCAAAUGUUUUCUUUGCACUGAAUCACAGGAACAGGACCAUACCAGAGAGUUGAUUUCAAUAGUGUUCCUCGCAAAAAUCAUGCAUUAUAAUCUGCAUCUUUGUCAUCUUUAUCUUGGUUUUUCAAACCUGGACGGAUUAUUUUAGCAAAGGUAAUGUGCUCAUUAACAUGGAUUUUAACAAUUUGAGAAGAUUUGAGGGAAAUAAACCUUUUGUUUGCAUAGAGGAAAUCUUACAUCUUUACUUUAAAAUCAUGAAAAAUGGGAGCGAAAACAAAAGUAUUGCGUUUAUGUUCUUGUUUAGUGUAUGUUUUGUGUAUUAAUCCAUUUGUCUGUCCCUAUUCAUGACCAACAUCUGGUUAAGUUGUUGAUUUUCAGAUUGCUUCUAAAGCUUUAUGUUGACCUUAUUACAUUUUCUCAUGUUUUUUUUUAAGAUGUUUAUAUAUCACUGAUCAACAUGAAUAGGAAGCCAUUCACCCAUUUACCUUUUAACAUAUUGCUUGGGACAAGAGUUUUCCUUAGAAUGAUGACUUCCAUAUAAGUUUUAAAGAUAUAGAUUGCUGUUAAAACAAUUUUAAGAUAUCAGUUAAUUUUUCAAUUCAUAACUAUGAAGUUCUCUUGAGACUAUCUCUCCACUCCGUUACAUAUUCCAUAUGUAAUGGGAAUGAUCCCCCUGCUGUCAAGGUGCGUGGAUACUACUUUAAGACACUGCGGCUUGCCCGGCCACGGCCUACAGACAACCUAUAAAUCACGUGUUGUCGUGGAAACAGUUGAUUGUUUGAUCUCCACCUGUGUCAGGGGGAAGUGUGCAAUUUCAGAAAACAGCGUGUGUGUGAGUGUGAAAGCAUGUGCUUUACAGCAUUGUGUCCACUUGCCUAUCGUUAAGUUGGGUGUCUGUCUCCAGGUAGCCUUGAUUGCUGUUUCCCUUUUCGUUCCAUGCCGAUGGAGGGGUGGGUUAAGUGUUUCAGUCCACAAGAGACUAUCUCUCCAACUCAUAGGCAGCUCGGAGACAUGUCGAUCAAACUAUCAACUGGUUCCACGCCACCACAGGUGUUUUUAUAGGUAAAUUGUAGGGCCUGGCCAGACAAGCCGGUGUGUCUUAAAGAGGUAUCCACGCAUCUAGAUACAGCAGGGCGAUCAUUCCCCGUACAUAUGUAAUAUGUAUGUGGAGAGAUGGUCUCUUUACUCAGAGAAGGUUACAACGUAACCGAGCGUUAUAAAUGUGAAUGUAAUGUGAAUGCAGAGAUGUCAGUGAGAGUGACCUGUUGUUGCAGUGACAAAAUCUCUUGUAUAAUGAUUUUCUGAAGGUUUGAAUUGCAUCACAUAUAAUGAUAAACCUAUUCUCUGUAUGUGUUGAAAUUGUUAUAGUUAUGAACAUGAUGUGAUAUUAUGAUUAUGGACAGAUUUCGUAAUCUGUCAUUAACCGCAAUAAUUUCUCAGUGUUUUAACCAGAAAAACAUUGGUGACUUCACAGAAGUCUGUGUCUACGCUGCAGAAUUAAAUGCCUUUAUUACUUUGCCAAAUAUUUUCUGAAGCACAUUACUGUAUGACAAAGCCAAGUGAAACAUAAAGCCAUUGUCGGUUUUGUAUCUGACUGAAAGGAAGAUGCAUUAAUUGAUCUAAAAACUCACGCAGCAGAUGUCCUUAAAUUAAGUUUUUUUUAAAUGUAUUUCUGUAAUAUACAUUGCAAUAAAAAUUAUAUUUGGCCUGUA